UAUUUGCAGCUUGUAGCUCACGAGAGACGAUUGUCAACUUCUGCUUCUCGAACAAUGGCUGCGAUGAGUUUAGGAUUCAUUGUUAUGGUCACGCCAUGGACGAUUCAGGAAGUCGUUGCAGCUUGUACCGGAAGCAAACCACCACCAUUCCUCGACUUCCUCGCCACGUGGCUUGCGCUUUCCAACAGCUUUUGGAAUCCGUUCCUCUAUUGGCUGCUCAACAAUCACUUUCGUCGUAUUUCGAGAGAACUUCUCUACACUAAGAUACUUUGUAGGCCGAAACCUUUGGGACCGAAACAGCAUUGUUGCGCGACUAGCACAGGUGGUCUUGAUGUUUGUAACAUGGCAGGAGUCGAUUUAUCAGGUGUGUAAUAUUUACUUUAAAUUAUU